GUCGGGGCUUUGGGCUUGUCUCAUCAACGCUCGAGUCUCGCCACUGCAUUGCAAGUAAACAGAGAAGGCCAUUAUCGUUGUGCACGCUCCACUUGUACGGGUAGUUGUCUUCCAAAAGGCAGCAGCAGUGUGUUCAUGCUGUGUGCGGGAUCCUGACGUAACGGCAGUGGGGCUGGUUCUCUCCCACCCUGCCUCGCCUGCGUGCAUUCAUAAACGGAUAUGAUAAAGCCGCGCUGAACACACCAGAGCGGCGACAACGGUCAGCUCUCGCCAUGGCGGAAGAGGAAGACGCGAAGAUUCGGAUUCUACAAAGCCUGCGUGGUAAAAUAUGUGAAGCUAAAAACCUGGGUCCAGUCUCGGGCCCUAACCGUCAAAGGGAUCUUUGUACCUUUUGCACCGUCAGUCUGGAUCAGGAGGAGGUGUUCAGAACUAAGGUGUUUGACAAAAGUGUCAGCCCGUUCUAUGGUGAGGACUUCUACUUUGAGAUUCCACGGCCAUUUCAGUGUUUAUCAUUUUAUGUGUAUGCCAAGAGCGUUUUCCAAAGGGAUUUACCAGUUGGUAAGGUGUCAGUUCGAAAGGAUGACUUGUGUAAAUACAAAGGGAAGGAGCACUGGUUUAGCCUUCAGCCGGUGGACCCAAACUCGGAGGUUCAGGGUAAGGUUCAUCUGGAGAUGAGACUAAAUGAAGUGAUCACAGAGAACGGCUCAGUGGGUCAGCAUUUACUUGUGCAAAUAAUAGAGUGCCAAGGAUUGCCGCUAAUCAGUGGUCAGAUCUGUGACCCCUAUGCCACUGUCUCACUAGUUGGACCAGCCAGGUCUGACCAGAAGAAAACAAAGGUCAAGAAGAAAACCAGCAACCCUCUUUUUGAAGAGACUUUCUUCUUUGAGGUUACACGGUCCAGCAGCUACUCCAAAAAAUCACAUUUCCAGGUGGAAGAAGAAGAUAUUGAAAAACUAGAGAUCAAAGUUGAUUUGUGGAAUAAUGAGAAUCUUGCUCAAGAUGUGUUCCUGGGGGAAACAAGGGUACCAGUCAAGAUACUGCGAAAUAAUCACAGCCACAAAGCCUGGUAUCUUCUUCAACCUAAAGGGACCGGAAACAAAUCCAAAUCUGAUGAUUUGGGAUCCCUGCGUUUAAAGCUGGCCUAUGUAGAAGACACAGUGCUGCCAUCUGCCUGCUACAUACCACUCUGCAACCUGCUGCUCAAAUCUCCUGAUGUGAAGCCCAUCUCGGCUUCAGCAGCACACAUCCUGGGGGACAUCUGCAGAGAGCGAUACGAGGCCGUUCUGCCCACCGUUCGACUGCUGCUGCAUCACAAUCGCUUUGUGCCUUUUGUCUCUGCUGUGGCAGCGUUAGAGUUGGACAACACUCAGGAGGCUAACACUAUCUUCCGUGGCAACUCAAUGGCAACUCGCUGCAUUGAUGACAUGAUGAAGAUCGUGGGAAAGAAUUACCUUGCAGUUACGCUGAAGCCUGUAAUAGAUGAGAUCUGUGAAUCCAAUAAAACAUGUGAGAUUGACCCCAAUAAACUAAAAGAAGGGGACAACGUGGAGGUCAACAAGGAGAACCUGCAGGUUUACGUUCAGAAAGUCUUCUCGUCGAUCACUCAGUCAAACGCCAGCUGCCCUCCAUCAAUGUGUGCAGUCUUCAGGUCCCUGAGACACUUGGCCUGCAAGCGUUUCCCAGCUGACCCUCAUGUCCAGUACUCGGCUGUGAGCAGCUUUGUGUUCUUGCGCUUCUUUGCUGUUGCUGUGUUUUCUCCACACUCUUUCCAGCUACGCUCACAUCACCCCGAUCCUGAGGUUUCUCGUACGCUCACCCUCAUCUCCAAAACAAUCCAGACGCUGGGCAGCUGGGGCAGUUUGUCAAAAAAAUUGUCUAGUUUCAAAGAAUCGUACAUGUAUGACUUCUUCAAAUCAUUCCAAGAAGAUAAGUGCAUUGAAAAAGUCAAAAAGUUUCUUGAUGAAAUAUCUUCAAACAUCAGCAAAGAGUCAAGUGGCUUGGAAGAUGCAGUGGUUCUGAAGGAGGGGGAAAUAAAGAAACGGGCCCAGGGGAGAAAACGACUCGUCAAGAAAAAUUUCAAAAAACGAUGGCUCCGAGUGACAAGCAGAGAGCUUUCCUACCACAAACAUAAAGGAAAAGAGGCCAUCUGUAUCAUCAAUGUGAAAAAUAUCCAGGCAGUGGAGAAACUUGAGGAAAGUGCCUUUAACCGUAAAAAUAUGUUUCAGGUGCUUCAUGCGGAGAAGCAGCUGUACAUGCAGGCGGGAAACUGUGUGGAAGCCUGCGAGUGGCUGGACGUCCUGGGCCAAGUCAGUCGCUGUAACGAGGGCCGCUUGGCCACGUUUCAUCCGUCCAACUACAGCGCCGGUUCCUGGCAGUGUUGUAAAAGCCAAAGUAGCAGCUCGCCAGGCUGUAAGCCCUGCACCAUCACCACGCAGGCCAACCUGCAGUUGGACAUCGACUGUGAUCGGGAAACGGAAAGGAUUUUCUCCCUCCUCUCUGCAAAUGACACCAAGCUGCAGAACAUGGAGGAUGCAUGUGCCAGUAUGGCCGUAUACCAGGGCCCCCAGCGAGAGCAGGAGGAAUACUCCAAGUUUACAAUUCAGGAGCCCAAAGAAACUUUUCAGACGCUCAAACAGCUCCGAAACAUCAUGGAGGAGCUUCAGCGGCAGCAUGAAAUCCGAAGUGACACCACGGCGCAGUACGGCAGUUUGGACAACCCGAUCGUGGGAAAAACCUCCUAAGUGGGCCAGGCGUAUACACCAGCGAGAACACACCAGAGACACAGGUGGAUGUUCCUCCUAGUAGUCCCGGUACAGGAAGUCCAGAAGAAGAAGGAGGAGCUUUGUCUCCCAGUCAACGUUGACAUUGUAGGAACAGCAAGUGAACUUGGUCACUAUUUUAGGAUUUCUCCACCACUCAGAAGCAGAUGGGGCACCUGUUUUUGGUGUUAUUAUCUCGAUGGCGUAUGUCACCUCCCACCGCCUUGUAGGUCUUUUCUAAAGAGCCGCCUCCUUAGUUGACAUCCACGGCUGUGUGAGUAGGCUGCUAUUUUAAUUGUAUUCACUCAGUUUUAGAUGAACGACUGUGAGGAUGGAACUCGUCACAGGACUGUCCAAAACACUAUGAGGUUUUAGCAUCUUUCCAGCUUUGAACAAAUAGGUACAUUUUCCAAGGUAAGGAGGGGGGAGCAAAUCUGCCUUUGGAUGUUCUUUGGCAUGUCAUGCUGAGGGAAGAGAUACUGCAAAAGCACUUUAAUAUUUCUCCAAAGAGAAACUGAUUACUAGAUACUUGGUGUAUCAGCUUUCCCCAUUUUGAUCAGUUCCAUGAUCCCAAUUUUGUUUUCAACGCUGUACAGUAACAUUUAAAGCUGGUUAAUUGUAUAAUUUUCUUGACCAAAGACAAUUUCAUAGCUUUGACUUGAAAAAGAAAAUUCAUGUAUUUUGAAUACAGCUAUUUUAAAAUGUGGGAAGAAAUGUAAUAUCUUUAUAUUUGUUUAAUGCCUAUGUUUUGAUAACAUAUCCUUUCCUUUUUGAUGCCUUGUGGCAGGCAGAUUGUAUGGAUCUUUUUUUAAAAUCCUGUUUGUGGCUCAUUGGUACAAGAGCACAAAUAUCUCAACAGGUGGCUGCACACGAUGAAGGAAAACCAGACUCUUUAGAAUUUAACCACAGACAAUCUCUAAUGAACUUUAUUUCUUCUUAGCGUCAAUGUGAGAAUCUGUUCACGUCACCGCUCCAGCUUCGGCACCACAUCAGACAAAAGUCCAUAAAGGGAAACAAAUGUUUUGUCAAGCAGCCAAAUCCCAAUAUUUGAAAGCACAUCAUUUUUACUUAACGUAUCGGUCGGUGGCAGUGAAAUAAGGCUCAGUUUUUAGAUAUAGUUCUAUUGAAAUAGCGUCAGCUAUUGUAGGCGUGUCAGCAGCAUCAGCGAUCCAUUCCAUGAUAUUCUUUUAUGCCCUGACACUUUUCUGCCAGAAAUGUUGAAAAGAUGAAACUUGAAUUUGUAAUUAAGUGUGACCAUAUGAUAUGUACCUUUUUAUUAUGUUUAUUGGAAACAAGUUGUUUUGUCUUUGGUCUAUCAUUUGUUUCUAAGGUCUUUUAUAUUUAAUGCAAAUAAACAGAUUUUCUCUG